AUGCAGGGGAAUCGCCCAGGCACAUCUAGACCACUGACGUCCAUGGGUCGGCUGAUACGGCUCGGCACUGCGUCAAUGGUGAAUCAGGACGGCGGCGAGUUCGUCCGUUUAGAGUCGCUGGACCUGCAGAAGUAUGCGCAGCGACCUGCAAUCGCCAAAGCGCUGUGUGACUAUAUGUUGUACUAUGCUCGCAAUCCGCGGAAGGCCUUGGAGUUGGCAUCUGAAGCUACACAGGCUGUCGACUUUAAGGACUGGUGGUGGAAGGCCCGGCUGGGGAAGGCCUACUACCAGCUCGGUCUCCUCCGCGACGCGGAGAAGCAGUUCAAGAGCGCGCUGAAGGACGAGGAGAUGAUCACCACCCACCUAGAGCUGUGCAAGGUCUACCUUCGUCUUGACCAGCCAAACUCGGCUCUCGACCAAUACGGGCGCGCUGCCGAGAAGUUUGUGGGGGAAACCCACAUCCUCAUUGGCUUGGCUAGGACCUACGACAUGCUCAAUGCAUUGCUUCGGGGCGUCAGCUUCUACAAGAAAGUCUUGCAGUAUGAUGCCGUGAAUUCAGAAGCCAUCGCGUGCUUGGCUUCCCACCAUUUCUAUACAGACCAACCAGAGCUGGCCCUGCGAUUCUAUCGCCGCAUGUUGCAGAACGGCGUUGUUAGCGCGGAGCUUUGGAACAACAUGGGGCUCUGUUGCUUCUACGCCGGGCAGUAUGACCUGACCCUGAGCUGCUUCGAACGUGCCCUCAUGUUGGCUGACGACGACAACAUGGCGGACGUUUGGUACAACAUCGGCCAGGUAGCAAUCGGUGUUGGGGACCUAGGUCUGGCUUACCAAGCUUUCAAGAUCGCCAUCUCAGUGGACCCUAACCACGCAGAGAGCUACAACAACAUCGGGGUGUUGGAGCUGCGCAAGGGCAACGUCGAGCAAGCACAGGCGCAUUUCGCCACGGCGAUGCGCUUGGCAGCGCACCUGUUCGAGCCGGCUUUCAACGGUCAGAGGGGAAAGGCCGAGGACGUCGAUUGCACGCUUUGCCUUUUGGCCCAGGCUUACCCCGAGCACAUUGAGAGCAAGGAGCUCAUUAAGCAAGGGUACUUCAGGGCCAUCGUGCGCUGCACUUCGAAAACGGCGCUACCCCGCUUCCAACGGAGAUGCGAUGGAGCUGAGGGCUUUGCUCAGGUUCCACAGCUGCGCCCGGAGACGCGAAGAUCGCGGACAGAGCCGUCAAAGGCCGUCGAGGCAGCGCUCAGUGACCUCAACGAGGAUGUCGGCAGGGCGCCGGUGGUAAGCGUGGACACGAAGAAAAGUCAAUGCUCUUCUCUUGCAUCGCUCCAUCGCUCCGGCAGCGAGGAGAUGUGUCGGGGGAGAGGUCGAAGAGGCAAGUUGAGCCUCGCGAACUUCUCCUAUCCUCCGCGCAGCCGGCCGAGCUGGCGUGUCUUCACUGCCCGUGUGUGGAUUGCAGGCGAUUGCAGUAACUCAGGGUUCAUGUGA